CAUUAUAGCUCCUUAUUCUAUUUCUAAAUCGACACUGUGAACGUAUUUGGGUGUAUUUAGGCAUGAGAGCAUCCCUGGGGCCCACUUAACCGGGCGAGCUCUUGCAAGACUUCUUCAACAAAAGAAGAAAACUGCACUCGGGUUAACCAUGGGCAAGGGGUAUGAUUUUGGAUGGAUCCUUGUGCUUUCGGCACUGUUUUCUUUCAGUGAUGCAUCUAGUCAAACUGUCAACCAGGAGCUUUCGAAUAUUUUUAAUGAGCUCUGGAAGCUGGAUGUGAAUCGCCUGAAGCCUGGGACUCAUUACAGUAUCUCACUACAGGGUAAAGCUGGUUACAUACCACAGGGAAGCACCAGUGCGGUAGACCACGCCUCAUCCCCACUGUUUUCCAGUGUCGAUGAGGCCAAACUGAACUCCAUCACCACUUACGCUCGCUUCAUGAAGCUUUUAGACAACUAUGAGAGGUCCACUGGUGUGGCAGAGAGGGUGACCGCUGAGGAAGUGACGGAAAAUAACUCCUUUCUGGAUGCUAUCUUAGAGACAGCAGUCAUGAAGCGUGCCCACCGGUACCUGAUUGGAAAGGGAAAAUCACGCUCGGAUCUGAGACAGUUUAAAAGUCAGUUGUACUACAUGUGGUUCCGCCUUUAUCAUAGAGACAGAAACGGAGGGGAGGACUCUAGUGGAUUUGAGCAUGUGUUUGUUGGUGAAACCAAGUUUGGCAGAGAAAUCAUGGGUCUUCACAACUGGGUCCAGUUUUACCUGCAAGAGAAGCAGAAGCUUCUUGAUUACAAGGGCUACAAAGCCAGGGACAAUGAUGUGCCUGAUAAAGAUGACCACGUCUUGAACGUGCAGUUCAGCUGGCACGGUUUGGUCAAACCGGUGGCCAGCACUUUUGUUGGUGUGAGUCCUGAGUUUGAGAUGGCCAUCUUUACUAUCCUGUUCCUCACGUCCACUGAGAAGACCACCACAGCCGUGGUCAAUCUGGAUGAGUACCAGCUGGAGAUGGUGGUGCAUAGGCACGGGCGCUCUAUCGGGACGGCUUAUCCCAAAAUGCUGAGCAGCAACAACAGACACGUGUAGAUCCCACAUACUGUACUACCCUGACAAUAGCGUUCAAGCUUUUUAAAAAUUUUCUAACAUUUAAAAAAAAAAAAUAGUUUUUGUGAUUUUAAAUAAGUAGACAUUUGUUUUGUAUUGGAAAAAUCUUAAUUUUAGAUGCUUGUUUACUUUGCUGAGAUGUUUAAUAAACUACAGUAUGCUCCUUUA